AUGGAAUCCCGGAUUACCAAAAAUGUCUUCUGCACAUAUACAGGGGAUGAAAGCGAAGCUGAUACGACUAUUUUCUUCAUCUCGGGCAACCCCGGCUUGAUCAGCUACUACCACCCCUUCCUGUCUUUGCUGGCGAAGCACCUAGCAGCAGACCAGGGCGAAGAAGCGAAGAACGAGAGCACCCUCCCAGAAUCCGGAUCAGAAACCUCGUUUCGUAUCUACGGGUGCAGUCUUGGUGGGUUCGAAGUGGCUGAACAGAGUCAAAACGAUCCUCCAUCCGAGCAAUCAUUCUCUUCCUCAUCUUCCAAUGCAAAUGGCCCCCAGGGGAAGAAUGAGAGUGACGAGUCAGGUCCGAGGCUCUACGACCUAGAAGAACAGAUCUGUUUUGUUCAGGGGAAGUUAAAUAAAUUGAUGCGAACUAUUUCCUCCGGAAAAAAGCAGAAGGUAAUCUUGAUCGGACAUUCUGUCGGGACGUACAUGGCCAUGGAAAUUCUGAGACGGCACCGUGAAAACACGACGGAGCCUCAGUCUGACGGAGCAGACAACUCCCCUGACUUCGACAUUAUUGGCGGUAUCAUGUUAUUCCCGACGGUGAUGGAUAUCUCUGCUUCUCCCUCGGGACAAAAGUUGACGGCCCUUCUUUCGAUAAUCCCGCAGUUUGCACUGGUUGUGAGUUUCUUCGCUAGACUCCUCACCUUCGUUCUCCCGGAAUCGAUCUUGAAAAGCGCCAUUCGGACCGUGAUGAAAAACCCACCACCGCACGCUCUUGAGACGACAUUUACUUUCUUAAAGAGUCCUGGUGGUGUACGACAGGCUUUACACAUGGCUGCCGACGAGAUGUACACUAUUACGACCGAUAAAUGGUCGGAUGAUAUUUGGGGAGUUUCUUCCACUCGCGACCCUGUUGCUAGGUUAUUCUUCUACUUUGGGCGGAAUGACCAUUGGGUUGCGGAGAAGACCCGGGAUGAGAUCAUCGCUUUAAAGGGGUGUACUAGUAAGGAUGGACUUGGGCCGAAGAUGUUCGUUUGUGAAGAGGGGCUGCCGCAUGCCUUUUGUUUGAAGCAUAACGAGAUCAUGACUCGGAAAGUUACUGGGAUGAUUGGAGAGAUUGUAUCAAGUUAG